GGGCUCAGCGGGCCGGGACGCGGGCGCCCAGGGGUCCCGGCGCGGGGGUUGCAGGCGCGGACAGGCUAGGGCGCGCCGAGGACCCCCGGGCCGGGCGGGGCAGAGCACAGGCUGCCAUGGGCUCUGUGGGCAGCCAGCGCCUCAAGGAGCCCAGCAUGGCGGGCACGCCGGACAGGAGCGUGAUGACAAGCUUCAGCUUCGACAGCUGCCAGCUGGAGGAGGAGGAGGCGGCAGCAAGGGCAGCUCUGGGCCAGGGUGGUAGGGCCAGGGAUGCCCCGAUUUUCACAGACUGUGCGGAGGAACCGGUGCCCGACGACCGCUACCACGCUGUCUACUUCGCGAUGCUGCUGGCUGGCGUGGGCUUCCUCCUGCCGUACAACAGCUUCAUCACCGACGUGGACCACCUGCAUCACAAGUUCCCAGGGACCUCAAUCGUGUUCGACAUGAGCCUCACGUACAUCUUGGUGGCACUGGUGGCUGUGCUGCUGAACAAUGUGCUGGUGGAGAGGCUGAGCCUGCAUACCAGGAUCACCACGGGCUACCUCUUGGCCUUGGGCCCCCUCCUCUUUAUCAGCAUCUGUGAUGUGUGGCUUCAGCUCUUCUCUCGGGACCAGGCUUACGCCAUCAAUCUGAUUGCUGUGGGCACCGUGGCCUUUGGCUGCACAGUGCAGCAAUCCAGCUUCUACGGGUACACGGGGAUGCUGCCCAAGAGGUACACCCAGGGGGUGAUGACAGGGGAGAGCACGGCGGGCGUCAUGGUCUCCCUGAGCCGCAUCCUCACCAAGCUGCUGCUGCCCGACGAGCACGCCAGCACGCUCAUCUUCUUCCUGGUCUCCACUGGCCUCGAGCUGCUCUGCUUCCUGCUGCACCUGCUGGUACGGCGCAGCCGCUUCGUGCUCUACCACACCGUGCGGCCCCGCGACAGCCGUCACGGCCACAGGGCCGGCUACCGCGUGCACCACGAUGUCACCGCUGGGGACGUCCACUUCGAGGACCAAGGCCCAGCCCUGGCCAACAGCAGGUCCCCAAAGGACAGCCCAGCCCACGAGGUGGUCACCAGUGGCAGGGGAGUCUACACGCGCUUUGAUGUGCCUGAGCCACGAGUCAAGCGGAGCUGGCCCUCCUUCAGAGCCCUGCUGCUGCACCGCUACGUGGUGGCCCGUGUCAUCUGGGCUGACAUGCUGUCCAUCGCUGUGACGUACCUGAUCACGCUGUGCCUGUUCCCGGGCCUCGAGUCCGAGAUUCGCCACUGUGUCCUUGACGAGUGGCUGCCCAUCCUCAUCAUGGCCGUGUUCAACCUCUCUGACUUCGUGGGCAAGAUCCUGGCGGCCCUGCCCAUGGACUGGCGGGGCACGCACCUGCUGGCCUGCUCCUGCCUGCGUGUCGUCUUCAUCCCUCUCUUCAUCCUGUGCGUCUACCCCAGCGGGACGCCCGCCCUCCGCCACCCAGCCUGGCCCUGCAUCUUCUCCCUGCUCAUGGGGAUUAGUAACGGCUACUUUGGCAGUGUGCCCAUGAUCCUGGCAGCCGGCAAAGUGGGCCCCAAGCAGCGGGAGCUGGCAGGGAACACCAUGACCGUGUCCUACAUGACAGGGCUGACGCUGGGCUCCGCCGUGGCCUACUGCACCUACAGCCUCACCCGGGACACGCACAGCAGCUGCUUCCACACCUCCACCACCAACACUUCCUUCUCUGCCGGCCUCUGAGCCAGCCGGGCCCCGGCCUGCCCAGGAAGGGCUGCUGAGGCCCACAGCAGGGGCCCCAAGGCCUGAGGCCCCCUUCCCGCCCCUGCCUGCAGUGCCUGUGGAGCCCUGGCCUCCUCCCCAUGUCAAUAACACCACCCUCUCUAGGUCCAACCACCCAUCACUGUGGCCCCAGUGUUCUGCCGAGUUGGAGUUCGUGCAGGCCUGGGAGAUAUUGCUGCCACCUGGGGCUCCGCCCAGCACUGUGCUCUUCCUCCUGUCUCACACCUGCUCCUCGCCCUCUAUCUGUGCCCAGUGGUCCCAGCUCUAGCCAGGCCAGUGCUCUGUGAGGUCACUCACAGCCAUCCCCACCCAGGAGAGCAGACCACCAGCCGUGUCCCUUCUAGCGACCCCUAGCCUCAGGUCAGCUUUGAAGGUCCUGUUGUCCCACUCACACUGUGCACAGCACCUGACCCAGCCCCUCCUUACAAACCUCAGAGGAGAGGGCCAGUCCCACCCAGCCUUGUCACCCCGUGGGCCUCUCCCCUCUCCCCCCAGCCUUAAACAAAACACAUUUGCUCUGGAGGAAUUGUAGCCCUGAUUCUGAAUGGUGUCAGACCACAGUCUGUGCUGGCAUGGGCAUACCCACCCCACGCCCAGACCCCCUCACACACCCUGCACCAACCUGAUGCCACAGGCCUGACCCAGGCCCCCAGGCCUUUCUGGCUUCUCUACCUGUCUGUGAUACAGGAAGGGGACAGUUUGUGGCCCUCACCUCCUACUUUGCAGCCCCCACAAUCCUGAUUGAAGUCAACUCUUGACCUGUGUCUUGAUCCCCAUCCAGCAAGACCCGAGGGGGCAUGAGUCCCUGACAAGUAGGGUAGGGGUCUCACCCCAGCCUGGACCCUCCAGUGCUCCAGGUUGGCCGAGCUGAGGGGAUCCCGAGUGUCCUGCCAAAGAUGGGCUUUUCCAGGGGAGGAUGGUCUGCCCUUUCACACCCAGCACAGCUGUGACUGCCCGCCCCUCUGUGUCCCGUCCGCCGUCUGUCCACUAACUAUACCGCACUGGCCAUUAAAAGAU